AUGGAGGACAGAAUACAAUUUGACAUUAACGAGUCGCUCAAGUACUACUUGAGUGACCCGGCAUCUAUUCCAACUCCAGAUGCAGAUGCGGAUCUUUUGGACUGCGAGUCCGACCCCAACCAGUUGUCAACAGCGCUGGUGGACAGUGUUCUGAAUCCAAUUGUCGAUGCUGUCGCAGAGAACCCGGAAGGAUUAACGAGACCGGCAUUCUUCGACUCACUCCAGUUCCUACUCAAAUAUCCAAGCUUUCUCCCCGCAAAAUCUCUCAGCAAAGUCCUGGACUUGAUUGUCUCCGGCCUGUCGGUGGAGGCCGAAAUAAUCCACAGCGACCUUGAAUCAGAUGAGCAAGAUGCGAUUCAACAUCACAAGCAGCUUCUGGAGAUGUAUGGGUUUCUGUUGCAGUGGGCUCUGUCCGCCGUGGAGGUAAAGGCCGCAGAGAAACCUGCCGAGUCUGCACCAGUACGACGAGGAGGUCCAAAGUCGCGAUCUAAAUCAGCAAAAGAUGGGCAGUGGGACUGGGUUCCGCAACUCCAGAUCUCCAUGGAGACCAUGUGCAAGGUGAUGAAGCUCAAGCUGGGUCGCAUUUUCCUAACAACCUCAGAUCGCGACACAUUCAUCAACUUGUUCACCCGUACAAUCUACUUAGUUUUGGAAAGUGAACAACGAGUUAAGAGCAUGGCUAUCCGCAUGCAUGCUUUCAAGGUCCUGUGCAUCGCGGUCAAGCACCACGGCCAUGCAUUCGGUGCGCAAACCUCCAUCGUACAAAGUCUCACCUAUUUCGAACAUCUCUCCGAACCCAUGGCCGAGUUCCUUCACAUUCUUGCGGAACAGUACGACUACCCGCAACUCUCAGACGAAAUCUUGAAGGAGCUUGGAAACAAGGAAUUUAACUCAAACGACACGCGAGGGCCCAAGUCGGUCUCCGCUUUCAUUAUCAAGCUGUCUGAGCUUGCUCCGCGAUUGAUCAUCAAGCAAAUGACUCUCCUAGCUAAACAGCUGGACAGUGAGGCUUACACACUGCGAUGCGCCGUUAUCGAGGUUUGUGGGAAUCUCAUUUCUGACCUGAGCCGACAAGAAGAACCUAGCGAAAACUCCAAGACCCAAAUCAACGCGUUCUUCGACGUGCUAGAAGAGCGCUUCCUUGAUAUCAAUCCAUACUGCCGCAGCCGAGCGAUUCAAGUUCUCAUGCGAAUUUGUGAUUUGGAGCAAAAGUUCCCGAAACGACGACAAGCUGCUGCCCAGCUGGCUGCGAGAAGUCUGGAAGACAAGAGUAGCAACGUCCGUCGAAAUGCAAUUAAGUUGCUUUCGAAGCUGGUCGCGACUCAUCCCUUCAGCGUCAUGCACGGCGGACUGCUUUCUCACAAGGAAUGGUCCGACAGGUUGGAUGGUGUUGACGAGGAGUUGAACUCCUUACGGCCGGUGGAAACUCCUGGAUUCGACGGGGAAGCUACUCAAGUCGAUCCCGAGCUUCUGGACGAUGCGACCCAGUUGGUAGAUGAGUCCCCUUCUAAGGCACCGCGCAUGUCGGAAGACCAGAAGGCGGAGGCCAUGCGCAAGGCAGCCGAACAAGCUGCGACGUCUGAAUUAUUGACGCGGCUGCAACUGACACGAAAGUACUACAAUGAAGCCAUUCGUUUCAUUGAAGUCCUUCACACUGCAUCCACGAUUGUUUCUCAACUAUUGUCGUCAAGGAACAAGAGUGAAGUCAUCGAGGCCAUGGACUUUUUCGUCAUGCUCGACGCUUACAAGGUUGAGACGGCUCGCAGUGGCAUUCGCCGUAUGCUGCGCCUGAUCUGGACCAAAGGCAAUAGCGACGAAGGCAAGGGUGUUCAAACCCACCUCAUUGAUUGUUACAAGGGCCUGUUCUUCGACGCGCCAGACACUUUUAGCCCGAACGAUGCGGCCAAUUACAUUGCUCGCAAUAUGAUCAGUUUGACGUUUGGCGCGACCCCAGCUGAGCUGACAUGUCUCGAACAACUUUUGAGCACCAUGAUGAAAGCUGGCCAUAUUUCCGAGGCGGUCAUUGCAAAGCUCUGGCAAGUGUACAGUGUCACAAGAAAAGAAAUCUCCAAGACUCAACGUCGAGGCUCAAUCAUUGUGCUUGGCAUGCUGGCCUUGGCAGAUCCUGAGGUUGUUGUGAAGGAAAUCGAGGCGAUGUUGCGCAUUGGUCUUGGUGCUUUGGGCCGAUCGGAUCUUGUGCUCGCCAAGUACACAUGUAUUGCUCUUCGACGAAUGGUACCUGGACGCCAGGCCAAGGCCAAGGAUGUGGUCAGCGUGCCCAAGCUUGCUAAUGACCACGCCGUAUUGGUAAAGCUGGCGGCAAUCCUGGAGAUUGUCUCUGAAAGCAAGGAAUGGUACGGCGUGGCUGAACAAGCAAUCAGCGCCAUCUACGCUUUGUCCAAACACCCGGAUGUUCUGUGCUCGGAUAUUCUCCGACGCAAAACGAGAUUUGUUUUCCAACCUCAGGCGGAAAGGUCGUCUUCCCCUCGGUCAGCCAUCGAUGGCGAGGACCAAAGGCACGGAACCACCGACUCAAGCGAGGAACCGGCCUCCAAACUGAAGCCUUCGUCGGCGGCGCUGUCGCAACUCUUGUAUGUGGUGGGCCAUAUUGCGAUUAAGCAGAUUGUGCACCUUGAGUUAUGUGAGUUGGACUUCAAACGACGAAAGGCUGAGCAAGAAAAGGCCAAGACCGCCGAGGCUACUGCAGCCAAAGAGGGUGAUGCUGAGGCAGAUGAGCUGGAUCUCAUUGGCGGCACCACCGAAGAUGAUUUCCAGGAUGCUAUGGCUCACAUUCGAGAGAGGGAGCUUCUUUAUGGGGAGAACUCCUUGCUGGCCAAGUUCGGUCCCUUGGUAGCUGAAAUUUGCGCCAACAACAUUGCGUAUUCCGAUCGAGACCUCCAGGCGUCUGCGACUCUUUGCAUGGCAAAGCUCAUGUGUGUGUCUGCCGAAUACUGUGAGAAGAACCUGCCGCUUCUGAUCACGAUCAUGGAGCGCUCCGAAGACCCAAUCGUCCGCAGCAACGCUGUCAUUGCUCUCGGCGAUAUGGCCGUCUGCUUCAAUCAUCUGAUUGACGAGAAUACUGACUUCCUCUAUCGACGUCUGAACGAUGAUGAUGCUUCCGUCAAGCGGACCUGUCUGAUGACGUUGACUUUCCUUAUUCUUGCCGGUCAAGUCAAAGUCAAGGGUCAGCUUGGUGAAAUGGCCAAGUGCCUGGAGGAUGAGGACAAAAAGAUUGCCGAUCUGGCACGAAUGUUCUUCACCGAGUUGGCCACCAAGGACAACGCUGUCUAUAAUCACUUUGUGGACAUGUUCAGUCUGCUCAGUGCGGAGCGCAAUCUGGAAGAGGCUUCGUUGCGACGGAUCGUCAAAUUCCUCAUUGGUUUUGUUGAAAAGGAAAAACACGCUCGUCAACUUUCCGAGAAACUCGCCGCUCGUCUCCCACGAUGCGAGACCGAACGCCAAUGGAAUGACGUCGCCUAUGCCCUCUCUUUGCUGCCGCAUAAGAACGAAGAAAUUGCAAAGAUCGUCGCCGCUGGUUUCAACAAGGUGACCACGAGCUCAAAUCCUGCUGCCAGUGCCCCUGCACCUUCGAGUACACCGGCCAGCACUGCACGGGUCAGCGCGUCGGCGUAA